AUGUCUGCUUCAUCUGUGAACCCAGAAGAUAUCCAACUUGAAGACUUCGAAAAAUGCUCAUGCCAACAGGCGGAAAACUACGAGAUGAAAAUCUGCCACUUGCUCGUUGCGAUUUGUCUCUCAUCCUCAACACUGACUCACUCAAUGCCUCCCAAGAGCAACAUUCGUUCUCCUGCACCAACUCACCACGAAAGAAGCCAGGAUCCGUGGACGUACUUUGAUGCGAUUUCCUCAGAAGCCUCCUCCUCUUCCAAAGUAGACAGGGGUCAACGAGAUGGCAGCAACAACAACAAUAACAACAACAACAACAACAACAACAACAAUGAUAACGAAAACGGUCAGCAGGAUGAAUUUGGCAGCUUUUACGACGCAGCAGAAGAAGGACGCGACACCGACGGCGAGGGCGACAGGGAGUACGAAGACUCCCCGUCCGACGGUGACGACAAUAACAAUCGACGGUCUUUGGCCAAACGCGCCUCCACCAUCCACGCGUUGUACGUGCGACACGGAAAAGCACCAGCAGCACCUGGUAUAGCACGUGUGAAAACAAUCGAAAGACGAUCGGGUGUCGAAACUGCGGCGUCCAUUCCCGUCGAGACUGGUGUUGAUUAUUCGAACCAACAACGCGUGAAUGUGAAAAGGUACAUCGAAGAAGAGCACGAAGACGAUUACCCUUCUACGCAAACCACUUCUGUUCACGACAGCUACCAAGAGAGCAAAAAGCAACCGUAUCACUUCCAAUACUACGUGAAGGACGACUACACUCACAACGACUUCGGGCAGCACGAAAAGAGCGACGGAGACACUGUGCACGGGUCAUACAAGGUCGCCCUGCCCGACGGCAGAACCCAGAUCGUGACCUACACCGCAGACCCGUACCACGGGUUCCAGGCCAAUGUUCGCUACGAAGGCACUGCUCAUCACCCUCCACCGAAAUACUACAAGGAAAAUAGCAAUCAUUGA